GGUUGUUGAUGAUUAGCUAGAUGUGUCAGACUUUUGAGGCAAAAGGCCCAAGCAUUGCUUUGCCUCAGACGUUGAUGGGAUUACUUACAAUGGUUAAAAAAGCUUCAUACAAUAUUGUUUAAUUGCUCAGUCCUGGCAGCAUUAACAGCCACCAUCCACUACCUCCCCCUUUGGCUUAGACAUAUGAUUGGACCUUUUCUGACCUGCCUACCCCAACUCCCUCAUAAACCUCUACUCUAUCAGAAGCCCUCGGUGGAAGCCCACCCCUUCCUCACCUACCACGCUCCUUUCUUUUCUCCUCUUCCCUUAAUCUCUUCCUCUAACAGACAGCCAACAGGACUUAGUUCCCUAAAGUUAUAUUUGCCUGGCUAGUCUACUUGGCUGCACUGGAGACAGGGGUUUGUAGUUGAUUUCCUUUCUUGACAAGUGUAAGCAAUAAGCUGAUGCCAAUCAUUUGACUGGCUUUAACUUGUUCAAUUGUUACAGAUCAGUGCAGACAGGUAGCUAGUCUAAAGAUCAGACUCUUCCUGGGUGGGGAUGGAUGAGCCACCUACCACUCAUGCAUUGUGUAAGAGGCAGGAACAUUGGUAUCCUGCUUUGAGAUACAGAUUACAUUUUUAUUGUCAUUAUCUACCCACCAGCUAGAGUUUCCAUUUAGGGUGUACUGUUAUCUGUUGUGACACAAUGUCACAGGCGAUUGGCUGUUUUAUUGUUUACUAGUACUGUAUAAGCUCACGAAACUAACUGAUUUCCUCUAACUGACUGGUUUCCUUUAACCACCCCCUUGUUGUGGGUGGUGUGGGGCUGGAAGCUCCUCUGGAAUGUCACACAUUCCACCGUACCACUCUCUACUGCUGGACACUGAGUGGAAGGUUUGAUGGGUCUGAGCUGACUGACUACUCAACACACAAGUCCACUACCUGAGACAGCCAUUAAGGUGAACUGCCUGGGAUCAUGUGGGGUCUCCAACAAAAUGAACGACAUGUCAUGGACACUGGAAGAGCAAUACUUCAGCAGCACACUGUCUGUAGCUGACAAAGGUACCCUGGCAGCUGGCGAGCACAGCUUCCCUUUUCAAUUUCUCAUUCCAGUGGCUGCCCCGACCUCCUUUGAAGGGCCCUUUGGUAAGAUUGUUUACCGUGUGAGAGCCGUCAUAGACACACCUCGCUUCUCCAAGGACUACAAGGCCCAGAGGCCCUUCUACCUACUUAACCUGCUCAACCUCAACCAAGUGCCCAACAUUGAGCAACCCAGUUAUGCUGUGACCACUAAGAGGUUCAGCUACCUCCUGGUGAAGACGGGCACCCUCAUGAUGAAGGCUUGCAGUGACCAGAGGGGAUACACACCAGGCCAGAUCAUCAGACUAGCCACUGAGAUCCACAACAAGUCAGGCAAGGACACGGGCUGUGUGCUGGCCAGCCUCAUACAGAAAGUGACUUAUAAGACCAAACGGGCUGUGUUCGACCUGCGGACCAUAGCAGAGGUAGAGGGGGCGGGAGUGAAGGCGGGGAAACACGCUGAGUGGCGGGAGCAAAUCAUCGUACCGCCCCUCCCCCAGUCUGGCCUGGCCGGCUGUAGCCUUAUAGAGAUCGAUUACUUCAUCCAGGUAUCACUAAAGUCCCCCGAGACAGUUGUCACUUUACCCAUCUACAUCGGGAACAUCGCUGUCAACUUGAUCCCGUCACGACCUAUGCCCUCAACUCCAGCCCCAACAACCAUCAGCCCCAACCCCGGCCCAGAAGGGGUUACCCCGAGCGCGCCCCCGGCUGAGGAGGACUUGGAAGAGGUGUUGGGUGCAGGGGGUUCAGUCAGCGAGGAGAUCCCCACAAAGAGUCACUCCCAGCAGGACCAAUCCGGCCAGCCCCCCACCAUGUCCCCCAGUGCAUUCAGCUACGCUCCCGGUGCAGCUUUCCCACCCAGCCAGCGAUGUGCCAAUGACACCUCGGCGCCUCUGUUCUGUGUGUCUACUGGGGCCACCAUCCCCUUCUUCACAGAAGGAAACGCCACCCCAGUACCCACGUCCUGUCCUCUCAUACUCCCCCCUGAGUACAGCACCUGGGACUACCCACAUGAACCCCCUCCCACCUAUGAGGAGAGCUGCAGCAGCAACAACUCCAGCUUCAACAACAGCAGGCCGUAGAGGAGAGGGGACUGAGCAUAAUGCAGCUCAAAACUGCAAUUACCCUCCCUACAGGACAAAUAGGGUACUGCAGCCCUAGCUCCAAGGGGACAGAAGACGCUAACCUCCUAAAUGUUACACUUAAACAGGGCUCUCCAACCCUGUUCCUGGAGCUACCCUCCUGUAGGUUUUCACUCCUACCCUGUUCCUGGAGCUACC